AUGGGGAUUGAGAAGAUUUUUUAUCUGAUUGACCUCCUCUCGUUAGAACUGCCUGACGAUCAGAAACUGACAAUCUCAUCGGCCUGCAAGUCUCUGACCCUCCAUACAGAAGCCAGUUUCAUAGAACCAGUCACUGAGAUAAUCAGAUGCUGGGUCACGCUGUUUAAAAAUUUCAACUACGAGACCUUAUUUACGAAUUGUUCCACUGACGUUGUCGAACAGUUGAGAGAGAGAUUUGCAAGCAAAGCGUCGAACAAUUCCAACUAUGACAACAGCAACGACGUCGCCGCUAACGAUGGCGGCUUCCUUAAGAUGGAUGAUGUUGCGCAGUUUGAGAACUACUCUCUGUUGUACAGAUGCAUGUGUGAUUACUAUGAGGUUCCAUGCCUGGAAGAAGUUAUAUGGGACAUUGAGACGAUUUACUGCUUGAAUGCUUCUAAGGAAUUUGAUUUUCGAGAUUUUGAAAAUCUAGAAACCAGGAACAACACGUGGUUCACCGGUAUUAACUUAUCCAACAUCAAACUUGUGAGUCCUUCAUUUCUGCUUUCAUGUUCUACCUGUUAA